ACGCUCGGACCACGUAAACCUCAUCUUGUCUCGCCAAUCAGAUUCGCCGCGCGGGUAGAAAAGUCAACAUAUUCCUAUCCACCGAAGGGCAAGUCCACGGUAAGCCGGUACGCGCUCCCUCUCCGGAUCCCUACCCGCAAUUAUAACUACCUGACUGCCUUCUAUUUAUGUCGCCAGGGUUUGGUCGUUGAAUUGAAUCCGAUGGUUGUGCUGCCGCCGACUGCCGCCGUGUCUUCGUUCCCCGGCUACCAGCGGCGGAGAUUUCGGAGCUUUUCUUGUAUUUUGUUUUCUUCUUUUUAAAUAAAAAAUAGAAAAUAAAAUAUAAUUAUUUAUUUUUGUUUUAAAUUUUAUUGCAUAAAUUAGUUUAUUUAUUUUUUUUUUGGGAAAAAAAAAAGAUAACUAUUGGAUAUAACUAUUCGCGUUUGCAGCUCCGCAAGCGACACACCGAUUCAAAAAACAAAAUUUUAAAAUCAAAUGGAUAGAUAAAAAAAUAUCGGCCGAGUUGCCGGCGAGCAACCGCCGUUUCGGCCACCGUAUAUCUCGUCGAAUCUUCUUCACGCGUCGUCUGAUUCCGUAUUGAGGGAGGAAUCAACUUUUUAUAUUUUUAUUUUUUGUUUUUUAUUUUGGUUUCCCGAUCGUUGGAUCGAGUUUUUUUAUGCAUCCUUUCUGCUGCGUCUCCACCGUACCCGAUCGGAAUCCAGGCGCGCCGCCAUCGCCGUUGGUGGAGGUUCUCGACAUGCCUUCGUCGGCGGCGUCGUUUCGGUCGAUAUCCUCCGCCAGUCGUGGCCGCGAUUCUUCCGCCGAUCACUCUGCCGCCGCGGGCGCAAGCAAUAGCAGUAGCAAUAACGUAAGCUUUCGUUCCAACAGCGCCCACCACCACCAGCACCAUAGUAACAACAAUGCGUUCGGCGAUCACGGCCGUUCGCUUCAGCGAUCGGCGAUGGAGUCGUUGUCGCGGAUACCGUCGAAUCGCGAUCCCCAACUGCUGUUGGCGGAUCACCGCGAAGUGAAGAUCAAUGACAUCGUAGGGAAUGGAAUCUCCGGCAUUCUGCACAAGUGGGUGAAUUAUGGCAGAGGAUGGCGCCCUCGGUGGUUCGUACUUCAAGAUGGUGUUCUGUCGUACUACAAGAUCCAUGGCCCCGAUAGGAUCAUAGUGAAUCAGGAAAUCGAGAAGGGAUCGAAGGUUAUUGGCGAAGAGUCCAUGCGCCGCCUUUACCGCCACAAGAAUGGCAAUUCGCAGCUUCGCCGGAAGCCUCUUGGCGAAAUCCACCUGAAGGUCUCUUCAAUUAGAGAGAGCAGAUCCGAUGACAAAAGGUUUUCGAUAUUCACGGGGACAAAGAGGCUGCAUUUGAGGGCGGAGACGAGGGAGGAUCGGACGAUGUGGACGGACGCGUUGCAGGCAGUGAAAGACAUGUUCCCGCGGAUGUCGAACAGUGAGCUUAUGGCUCCUUUGGAAAACAUGGCGGUGUCAACGGAAAAACUGAGGCAGCGGCUGCUGGAGGAGGGCGUGAUCGAGGCUGCAAUCCAGGAUAGUGAGCAGAUCAUGAAGAGCGAGUUCUCGGUGAUGCAGAAUCAUCUUGUGGUUCUCAAGCAGAAGCAGUUGCUGCUUCUAGAUACAUUGCGGCAAUUAGAGACAGAAAAAGUUGACUUGGAGAACACAGUGGUAGAUGAGAGCCAAAGAUUGUUGAAGGACGAAGAAGCUUCCUUUAGAUCAAGGCAAGAUAAAUUCAGCGACGGAAGUGCUAGUGACUCUGAUGAUGAUAAUGAAAUACAUGAUGCUGCAGAGGAAGAAACAGAUGAGGAUGACAAUGCAUUCUUUGAUACUCGGGAUUUUCUUUCAUCAAGUUCUAUUAGGAGUAAUGGAUCUGAUUUUCGGAGAUCAUCAUUUGAUUCCGAUGAUGAAGAUGGUCUUUAUUCUGAGGAUGGUAUUGAUCCUUCCAUCAAAUCAGUUGGAUCUAACUUUCCUUAUAUUAGGAGGCGUAAGAAAUUGCCUGACCCUAUUGAAAAAGAAAAGGGAGUAAGCUUGUGGUCAAUGAUCAAAGAUAACAUCGGGAAGGAUCUGACCAAAGUUUGUCUGCCUGUUUACUUUAAUGAGCCCAUCUCUUCCUUACAAAAAUGUUUUGAAGAUCUGGAAUACUCAUACCUAAUUGACCGAGCAUAUGAAUGGGGCAAAAUGGGUAAUAGUCUCAUGAGGAUCCUUAAUGUAGCAGCAUUUGCUGCAUCUGGGUAUGCUUCUACUGAGGGAAGAAAUUGCAAGCCAUUUAAUCCACUUUUAGGGGAAACGUAUGAAGCAGAUUAUCCAGACAAGGGCCUUCGCUUUUUCUCAGAGAAGGUUAGUCAUCAUCCAAUGAUAGUGGCAUGCCAUUGUGAGGGCCGUGGUUGGAAAUUUUGGGGAGAUAGCAAUCUCAAAAGUAAAUUCUGGGGUCGUUCAAUUCAGCUUGAUCCUGUUGGUGUUUUGACUUUAGAGUUCGAUGAUGGAGAAGUUUUCCAGUGGAGUAAGGUCACAACUUCCAUCUACAACCUCAUUUUAGGAAAGCUGUAUUGUGAUCAUUAUGGUACCAUGCGUAUACAAGGAAACCGUGAUUAUUCAUGUAAGCUGAAAUUUAAGGAGCAGUCUAUCAUUGAGCGAAAUCCUCACCAGGUGCAAGGUAUUGUUCAGGACAGGACUGGAAGAACAGUGGCAACACUAUUUGGGAAAUGGGAUGAGAGCAUGUAUUAUAUGAAUGGAGACUGCUCUGGAAAAGCAAAGGGGUCAGAUUCCUUGUCUGAGGCGAGUCUGCUUUGGAGGAGGAGCAAACCGUCCAAAUAUCAAACCAGAUACAACUUGACAAGUUUUGCCAUCACCCUAAACGAGCUCACUCCCGGACUUAAGGAGAGACUGCCACCGACAGAUUCAAGGCUCAGACCUGAUCAGAGGUGUUUGGAGAAUGGAGAGUAUGAAAUGGCAAAUUCAGAGAAGUUGCGGCUGGAACAGAGGCAGCGACAGGCUCGAAAGAUGCAAGAGAGGGGGUGGAAGCCGAGGUGGUUUGCGAAGGAUAAAGGCAGCGACACAUACCACUAUAUUGGUGGAUAUUGGGAGGCCAGAGAGAGCAGGAAGUGGGAAUCAUGUCCAGAUAUUUUUGGGCAGGUCCCUAGUGACCAUGUUUUUGACUCUUAAAAUGUCCUGCACCUUACGCACACUUAUUCAUUUUUUGGUUCUUUUUUCCUCUUCUACUCUUCCUUUUUUUCUUCUUCAUCCAUUGUUUUUCCAGAUAUGCUGGAAGGAUUGGUUGUCAGGCUUGCAAUUUUUGAGCAGCUGAGGGGGGGGCCCAUGUAAUGCAUGGAAGCUUUGUAGAUGGUUGGUUAAUAAGACAAUCUGUUGGUAGUC